GUGUAGGGAGUGGACUUGGGACCUGGAGCCCGGAGAGGACUUGGCUGAAGCGGGAGUCGCGGAGAUCUAGGAAGCCCGGGACUUGCAGAAGAUGUGUUCAUCUGGAGGCAGCCACUGACAGGAUGUUUGCCAUCCAUUUUUCCAAUGCUUCCCAGGCACUACCAACCACACACCCGGUGAACAAUUCCUCAAGCUACACUGUGCUGGAAAAGUCCCCGUCUUCUCCUGCUUUCCCUAUUUUCUCUAUGACUCUGGGAGCCGUCUCCAACAUUGUGGCCUUGGUUAUCCUGGUGCAAUCCUAUGCCCGUUUUCGACGUCGCUCCAAAGCCACUUUCCUUCUUUUUGCCAGUAGUCUGGUGAUCACUGACCUAGCAGGCCAUGUCAUCCCCGGUUCCUUUGUGUUGCAUCUGUACGCCACGCGGCGUGGCUGGGCAGCCAUGGACCCUUCUGGAGCCCUCUGCCAGUUUUUUGGAGCCUCUAUGGUAUUCUUCGGACUCUGCCCUCUUUUCUUGGGUUUUAUCAUGGCGGUGGAGCGCUGCGUGGGCAUCACCCGCCCUUUGUUGCAUGCUGCCUUGGUCACUCCAAGACGGACAAAACUUUCCUUGCUAGGAUUGUGGGCUGCUGCUCUAGCUAUUGCCCUGAUGCCCCUCUGUAGGUUUGGGACCUAUGUUAACCAGGCCCAGGGUGCUUGGUGUUUCAUCAAGGCACAGAAGGUGGAAGCAUGGCCAGAGGUGGCCUUUGCCUUACUCUUCUCCUUACUGGGCUUGGCCUCGCUGCUUGCCUCCCUGAUCUGUAAUACGUUCAGUGGACUCAUCUUAGUCCGGGCUCGGCUCCGUGGGCAACGCAAAUGUGGGCAACGUCGAGCCAAGGCCCAUGACAUUGAGAUGGUGGUGCAGCUGGUGGGCAUCAUGGUGGUUUCCUGCAUCUGCUGGAGCCCCUUGCUGGUCUUUGUCAUUUUAUCAGUGAGCAACUCCCAUGGAGAUCUGGAUUAUGGCAAGCUGCUGUUCCUUGGAGUGCGCUUGGCUUCUUGGAACCAGAUCCUGGACCCUUGGGUGUACAUUCUGCUGCGGCGUGCUGUGUUGCGCAAGAUCCUUGCUGUACUUCUGCGGCGCUCUACUGCCAAGGGGAUCCGCUUUGACCGUUGGGAGGCCAGCUCCUUCCAAAGCUCAGAGCGUAGUGUUGCUGCUGGCCGCAUGUAGCAUGGAUUAGACUGCUAAAGAUUGUACAAGGAGCACUUUGCCCAGAGCCUCUGUGGAAAUCCUGCAGAACAGUCUCACUGGCGUCCAACAUCUGGGUGCUUUGGCUGGUGGUGCUCCAGUAUGGGGGACAAAGGAGCCAUUAUGCACUUCUUGGUUUACACUAGCACAAAAGGGGUGUCUGUGGGACCCAAAGCUGAGGGAGCAGAGUGUGGUGUUGGCCAGGUUGGAAUUUCCUUGUGAAUAAGAGGCACCUUUUGAGUAACUUGCCAAGGAAUGUUGUAACCCUUUUGUAGGGAAAGGUCAUUACUGGGUGGCGAGUGAGGAUGUGUUCAGAUUUCAAAAGGUCCUAGGAUCAAUUCCUGGCCCCUGAGUUAUGCAAGGCCUGGGAAAAAGCUCCACUUCAAGUCUUGGAAAACCACCAGUAUUUAAAAAAUAUUCUUGGCUGCAUAAAGCAACAAUAAUGACUCAUUGCAAAUCAGUUUUGCAUUUUCUGGCAAUGAUGGGGAAGAAUGCCAUGAUUCAGUAUAUACUGAAUGCAGGCAAUGCUUCCUAAUGCAAGCUGUGAACCCUUGCUUGAGAUCUUUAUAGCUGUUAGGGCCAAAGUUCAAAGUAGCAGGAUGCUGGUGGUCCAGAGCAGGUUGCCAUCUCUGACUUCCUUGUAGGAUUCAAUUGCAGCCUCUCCAGAGAGCAAGGGACAUUCGUGGAUUGGUUCCAAAUCUAACAGAUGGCAGUGGUAGCCCAAAAGGUGACCCUGAUUUAGCAUCCUUCCUUUUGCUACUUGGUUCAGGCAGUUUAUUUUCCAGAUGCAGGUGUGGGACAUUUUGAGCAUUCUGCUGCACCUGCUGCCUUGCAAUGCUCUGGUCACUCGGACCUCAUCAAGUCCUUUCCACAUCCCAAUGAAGAGGCUGCUGAAUUUCUGUGCUGUGCAUGGAAAGCCAGACAUAGCACUUUGCAACUCUCUUGUGCAAUAGAGGCAAUCUGUAUAAGUGUCCUUGUACCCACCUUUCACACUGUGCUAGGUGCUGUGCAUGAAUCUGUUGAAGAGGGCAGCUCUAGGGCACAUGGGUGGCAUUUCUUGAGAUGCAAAUGUGGGCAUUCCAGGAAGCCCCUGCAUAGGUGAAGUGGGCUAGAAAUGUACUCCCCAAAAACACCUAAAGGUUAUCUUGCACCCUUAAAGGCUUUGCACUUUGGAGAAAAAAGCCUUCCAAGCUUGGUGGGUUCCUAUGGCAUAGUGGGAGAACACUAUUGGGCCCUGCAUGUAUCUCACUCAGGUGGGGGCUGUUGAGAAGUUUGCACCUUUUCGGAAGAGUGGGCCUGAUUGAUGGACUAACUGUUGGGUGCCUGUGGAUAUCAACAAAUUUGUACUCUCAGAUGCUGCAGACUGGCUCCUGGACUGUGGUGCCAGGGAUGCAAGGAUCUGGAGCAGAUAGCUCUGCAGACUCUAGGAGGAGCUGCAUCUGGGGCAUCCUAGGACUCUGGCCUAUGAGCAUUGUUCAUUAGCGCUGGUCGCUUGGCAAUAAAGCAAACCUGAAGAGUACCCUG